CGCAUGCGCAUCGUGAUGUCAACAAUUCUUAACACGGUGCGAGUUGUACGUUCCGUGAGACGUCGCACAUGUAACGAUCGAAGAAUGAAUUGCUUUUCGAUAUUAAGCGAGAGUGAUUGCAUCGAUUUUUGAUAUUAUUUUAUUAUCUGCGAGGAUUAUCAAUAAAUUAAGGAUUGUUGUAUAAUAAAAAAAAAAUGGCUGGACAACAGCAUCCCUUCCCAUCUGGGUUUCCAAAUGUGCAACAAUCGGCAAUGCGAACACAAUUUGGAGGUGGACAAAUGGUUUCUGGUUUGAUGGGACCGCAACAAGGUGGUAUAGUGAGUCCACAACAAUUUGGAGUAGGAGUAGGCGUUGGCGUUGGAGUUGGAGGCGUAGGUUCUAAUGCUAUGGGAAUGCCAAAUGCUCAACAAGUUUUAGCCCAGCAACAACAACAACAACAAUCAGUUGCCAUGCAACAACAAAUGCAACAGAUGCAACAACAACAAUUGCAAUUACAACAACAACAACAAGCAGCUCUUGUACAACAAAGUAAUCAGACUAGUAAUCAAGCUACUACGCCACAAACACCCGUUCCGCCUACACAACCUCCACCUCAACAGCAGCAAAAUAAAGAUUUUAAUACUGCCAGCUUGUGUAGAUUUGGGCAAGAAACUGUACAAGAUAUUGUAAGCCGUACUUUAGAUGUCUUUCAAACGCUGAAAGUACUGCAACCACCAAAUGGCACACCACAAGGAGCUAGUGUAGCCAAUGAUAAAAAAACUAAAGUGCAAGAACAGUUACGAAUGUUAAAGUUAUUAUUCAAACGUUUGAGACUGAUUUAUGAAAAGUGCAAUGAAAAUUGCCAACUUCAAGGAAUGGAAUAUACGCACAUUGAAAGUCUGAUACCAUUGAAAGAAGAAUGGGAUAUGAAAUCAGAUGAGAAAAAAACAUCAGAAGCAUAUAGAUUGGCAUAUGAAGAAAGUAAAGAGAUUACAGAGCAAGUUGUGUUAAAAAAUAGGCACCUUAAGGAAAUCAUUGAUCAUUUAAGACGUAUCAUUUCAGAAAUAAACACGAUGCUGAACAUGCGUCGAUCUUAGAUUGUAAGAUGUAUAUACUUAUUUAAGUUAUAAUAGACUGCUACUAUAUGAUAAAGUUAUAUCAUAACUAAUAUAAGAAUGCGAGCAGAAAUGUGUAAUUUACCUACCUCUUAGAAUAAUUUUCUUAUUGAUUGCUUAUGAUGUCAUCAACGUUCAUGGAGAUUAUGUCGUUCACUCUGAGUAUAGCUUCUGGGAUUAUUCCAAGCGGUGUCUCCAAAUUUCUCACAAAUAAUUCCAGGCAGUCAAUGUCGGAGCCACGGAAUUCACCAACGACGUGUGAAUUUUCAUAUAAACUAAAUUUUGUCUUUUUCCCUGUAAAAUAAAAUAAAUAUGAUAAAAUAGCAGGAAAAUUUUCAGAACAAAAAUAUUCGAACAAAUCACGUUAGUACUAGUCUAUAUAUAUAAUCUUAAGUAUUAUAUUUCAAUUACAGACACAUAAAAUCAUUGAAAUUUCUUUAAAAAUUAUUUGAAUUCUCUCCUAUCGUGCAUUAUAUAAGUUAAACAAAAAUGGAGUCUCUUCAUUGGCGCCAUAUUCAAGUAUUACUUUGAAUAAAAAUAGGUUACGAUAUUAUCUAUUAUCUCGAUGUAUUGUAAAUGUAGUAUUUAUUCGAAAAAUACAAUCGAUUUUAAC